AAAAAAUUAUGUAUUCAUUCCCACCAACAUCUUCAACAGCUACAUGGGAAGGAGGGUUACCCCCUCAAUUUGCCCGUUCCAAAAUUCUUUAUUCUGACGAAUUCUGUAAAAUGACAGACGAAAUUUUAAUCAUCAAAAAAUUCUUUUUUGGGACAUUGAGACCUAAAGUUGUGUUUUUGAAGGAUAUUCGAGUUGUUUAUUUUGAUGAACAAACUAUUGCUCAACGAAAAUAUUCACAUAGACGAAUAUGGGGAAGAGCACAUGGAAAGUCUAUUUAUUGGGCUGCUGAUUUUAAAAGGUGCCUACCAGGAAUUGACAAAGCAAAUAAAAGCGAUGUAAUUGUAGAUUUGGAGGAUGGAAUGCUUAAAGGGUUUACUGUAUCCGAUGUUCAGAGCUUUUUAAGUGUUGUUCGCCUAUGUGCACCUAUAUCUACAAUUAUUGUUGAUCAUCUAGAUUUUGCUUGA